UUGAGCUGUGUGUUCACAGAACUUUCCUCCACACAUCAGGAAGACUUUAAAGCAGUUUGCAAAGCACCAAAUACAAUGGCAGAUGAGAGCUUCAAAAAGGAGUUUCUUGAUACCCACAAUGCCUAUAGGGCACAGCAUGGUGCACCACCACUGACCUUUAAUACUGAGCUGGAUGACGCAGCUCAAAAAUGGGCCAAUCAAAUGCUGGCAAAAAAGAAACUUGGUCACAGUGACACCGAUGAUGGAGAGAACGUCUUCUAUGCAUGGAGCUCUGAAACCAAGACGCUAACAGGAAAAGAAGCUGUGGAUUCAUGGUACAGUGAGAUCAAGGAUUAUGACUUCAAAAAGUCUGGACAUCAACCCAAGACGGGUCAUUUUACUCAGGUGGUGUGGAAAAGCAGCACUCAGCUGGGUGUGGGCAUAGCCACUGAUGGCAAUACGGUCUUUGUGGUUGGGCAGUACCGCCCAGCUGGUAACAUUACCAAUGCAGGAUACUAUCAGAAAAAUGUCCUCCCAAAAGGAACAGAACUUUCCUCCACAAAUGAGGAAGACUCUGAAGCAGGUUGCAAAGCAGCAACCAGCUGGAUGACGCAGCUCAAAAUGGGCCAAUCAAAUGCUGGCAAAAAGAAACUUGGUCACAGUGACACCGAUGAUGGAGAGAACGUCUUCUAUGCAUGGAGCUCUGAAACCAAGACGCUAACAGGAAAAGAAGCUGUGGAUUCAUGGUACAGUGAGAUCAAGGAUUAUGACUUCAAAAAGUCUGGACAUCACCAAGACGGGUCAUUUUACUCAGGUGGUGUGGAAAAGCAGCACUCAGCUGGUGUGGGCAUAGCCACUGAUGGAAUACGGUCUUUGUGGUUGGGCAAACUUUCCUCCACAAAUGAGGAAGACUCUGAAGCAGAUGAGAGCUUCAAAAAGGAGUUUCUUCAUACCCACAAUGCCUAUAGGGCACAGCAUGGUGCACCACCACUGACCUUUAAUACUGAGCUGGAUGACGCAGCUCAAAAAUGGGCCAAUCAAAUGCUGGCAAAAAAGAAACUUGGUCACAGUGACACCGAUGAUGGAGAGAACGUCUUCUAUGCAUGGAGCUCUGAAACCAAGACGCUAACAGGAAAAGAAGCUGUGGAUUCAUGGUACAGUGAGAUCAAGGAUUAUGACUUCAAAAAGUCUGGACAUCAACCCAAGACGGGUCAUUUUACUCAGGUGGUGUGGAAAAGCAGCACUCAGCUGGGUGUGGGCAUAGCCACUGAUGGCAAUACGGUCUUUGUGGUUGGGCAGUACCGCCCAGCUGGUAACAUUACCAAUGCAGGAUACUAUCAGAAAAAUGUCCUAAAAGGAACAGAACUUUCCUCCACAAAUGAGGAAGACUCUGAAGCAGGUUGCAAAGCAGCAAACCAGGUGACAGAUGAGAGCUUCAAAAAGGAGUUUCUUCAUACCCACAAUGCCUAUAGGGCACAGCAUGGUGCACCACCACUGACCUUUAAUACUGAGCUGGAUGACGCAGCUCAAAAAUGGGCCAAUCAAAUGCUGGCAAAAAAGAAACUUGGUCACAGUGACACCGAUGAUGGAGAGAACGUCUUCUAUGCAUGGAGCUCUGAAACCAAGAAGCUAACAGGAAAAGAAGCUGUGGAUUCAUGGUACAGUGAGAUCAAGGAUUAUGACUUCAAAAAGUCUGGACAUCAACCCAAGACGGGUCAUUUUACUCAGGUGGUGUGGAAAAGCAGCACUGAGCUGGGUGUGGGCAUAGCCACUGAUGGCAAUACGGUCUUUGUGGUUGGGCAGUACCGCCCAGCUGGUAACAUUACCAAUGCAGGAUACUAUCAGAAAAAUGUCCUCCCAAAAGGAACAGAGUAAAACUUUCCCAGUGUCAGAGAGGGAGCUGCAGCAGACAACAGACCUCAGUGCCCAGAGAAAAUGACCUGGACCGUAUUGGACCCAUCACAUGUGGUUUCCUUCAAUGUUCCGAGAUUGAACACCAAAAAAUACGCCUGUCGCAUCAAACACGAUUUUACACAACUGUCUAGUCAAAUACUGUCUAAGUAGAAUUGGUGUUUUGAUCAUCUGAGUGAAUAAUUUUUGAGUAAUGUUUCAAUGAUUUGAGUGCAGUACAAAUAAAAACAAAAGUCUUUG